AUGGCAUGCUCUUCCAGAUUCUGUGCAUUCGGCAUACUGCUGCUCCUGGGGCUGAUAGCAAGAGCGAAUGCGUCCGUGCAUACCUAUAAGGGCAAUCGCUUUUUCCACACCGCGGAUGCUUUCCUUUUUCGCGGCGGACGGGAAGGACUCUUCUCGUCGACGCCUGAGGCGGUGGCUCACUGGACGACGAUCGGCAAGGCCGUCGCCAAUGGCAAGGCAUACGUCAGGUUCCAGCACCUCACCUUCCACCGCCCCAUCUGGGAGGCGCGCGACGCGCCGGUGGCGGGGCAGACGGGGCUGAUCGAGGCGCUGCUGUUCGAGGUGGGCGACCGCGCGCGCAUCGGCCACACGUCGCCCACGGGCACGCGCUCCUUCUGCUGCACGCCGGAGCUCGUGCGCAAGACGGGGUGCAACCCCGGCCACCUCAUCGUGCGCCCGCGCGACGACGACAGCAAGUGGCCGCGCGUGGUCGAAAUAAACUUCAUGGGCAACGACAGUUCAGUAGAGGCGGCGGCAUCGGAGAUGCACAUAACGCGGACGGGCAUGUACUACCUGUGGUUCGUCAUCUGCGAUAAGAACCUGGCCGAGGUGUCGGUGACGGGCGGCACCGUGUGGAAGAACCCCUCGGGGUACCUGCCCGGCAUGAUGACUCCCUACCUCAACUUCUUCGGCGCCAUGUCCAUCGCGUACCUGCUGCUGGGCUUGCUGUGGCUGGUGCAGUACGCGCGGUUCUGGCGCGACGUGCUGCAGCUGCAGCACUGCAUCACGGCCGUGCUGUUCCUGGCCAUGGUGGAGAUGGCGGCCUGGUACUUCGACUUCGUCAACUUCAACGCCUCCGGCUACCGCCCCAUCGGCAUCACCGUGUGGGCGGUGAGCGUGGGCGCCGUGCGCAAGGCCGUGUCGCGCGUGCUCAUCCUCGUCGUCGCCAUGGGCUUUGGUGUCGUGCGCCCCACACUCGGGGGGCUCUCGGGCAAGGUGGUGGCGCUGGGGGCGGCGUACCUGGUGGCAGCGGAGGGGCUGGACGUGAUGCAGAACGUGGGCGCCAUCGACGACCUGAGCAGCGGCGAGCGCGUGAUCCUCGUGCUGCCCGUGGCCGUGCUGGACGCCGCCUUCAUCCUCUGGAUCUUCACUGCGCUCUCCAAGACGCUCGCUCAGCUGCAGGCGAAGCGCACGACGCACAAGCUGGAGCUGUACCGACGGUUCACCAACAUGCUCGCCCUCUCCGUCCUCAUCUCCGUCGCCUGGAUCGCCUAUGAGAUCUUCUUCAAGGUGACGGACCCGUUCAACGAGCGGUGGCAGGCGGAUUGGAUCACGGGGUGCUUCUGGCACGUGCUCACCUUCGCCCUGCUCUGCGUCAUCUGCAUCCUCUGGGCGCCCUCCCAGGCCUCCACCAGGUACGCUUAUUCUGAGGAUGCUCCCGACGAGGACGAUGAAUUGGUGGGGCUCACGAAGGCUGUUCCAGCAGCAACAGGAGAGGCAGAGGAGGGAAUGGAGGAAGAUGAAUUGGAGCAAGGAAAGCUGGAACCCCAUACCUUCACCAUGGCGUCGGAGAAGAAGGCAAGCAACCCGAUGCGGGAGAUCAAGGUGCAGAAGCUCGUGCUCAACAUUUGCGUCGGAGAGAGCGGCGAUCGCCUCACUCGCGCUGCCAAGGUGCUGGAGCAGCUGAGCGGUCAAGUGCCCGUCUUCUCCAAGGCGCGCUACACGGUGCGGUCGUUUGGCAUUCGGCGUAACGAGAAGAUCGCGUGCUACGUGACAGUGCGCGGCGAGAAGGCGCUCCAGCUUAUUGAGAGUGGCCUCAAGGUGAAGGAGUUUGAGUUGCUUCGCCGCAACUUCAGUGCCACUGGCUGCUUUGGGUUUGGAAUUCAGGAGCACAUUGACCUGGGAAUCAAGUAUGACCCGUCCACUGGCAUUUACGGAAUGGACUUCUUUGUUGUGCUCGAGCGCCCCGGCUACCGCGUGUCGCGCCGACGGCGCGCCAAGUGCCGCGUGGGCAUUCAGCACCGCGUGACCAAGGAGGAUGCGAUGAAGUGGUUCCAAGUCAAGUACGAGGGAGUCAUUCUCAACAAGGCGCAUGCCCAAAUUGGGAUGUAA